AUGGUUGUGCAGGAUCCCAACUCGUCUUCUUCAAACGGCAUCUCCUCCAUUGUCGCUUCUACCGGUAUUAAUCCUUCAUCACCCAAUCAUCUCCAUCACUUGGAUAAUCCUGGAACACUUCUCGUCUCCACCCCGCUCAAUGGCGACAACUACCCCACAUGGCGUCAUGCGAUGCAUAUGCCUCUUUAUGCCAAAAAUAAAAUGAUGUUCGUCGAUGGAUCUCUUCCUUGUUUGCUUGCACCCGAAUCUCAAAUCCAGCUUUGGGAUCGCUGCAACUUCAUGGUGCUCUCUUGGUUACUCAAUGUUCUCACUCGCUCCCUUGCUGACAGCUUCAUCUAUGCUGAAGCGGCCGCUGAGGUCAAGCGCAGCGCCGAUGGCACCAUUGAGCGCUAUAAAGCACAUUUAGUUACCAUGGGUUACACACAACAAGAGGGCCUUGAUUAUAUCGACACAUUCACUCCAGUCGUGAAACUUGUUACUGUGCACAAUUUUCUGGCCGUCGUUGCCAUUCGGGGUUGGCUUCUGUGCCAGCUCGAUGUCAAUAAUGCCUUCUUACAAGGCACUCUUGAAGAGGAUGUUUAUAUGCGUCUCCCCUCGGGUUAUGGCCAACAGGGGGAGUCGCAUUUUUGCAAGCUCCACAAGUCUCUUUACGGUCUCAAACAGGCCUCUCGCAGCUAG